AUGUCCAGAGAUGGGAACUACGACGAGGCCACUUCAGAUACCAUCCCCGUUUGCCCUGGCUGUGGUAUCUACUUGCAAGACUCUGACCCUAAGCAACCUGGGUUUUUCGUUAAACCCUCGCCCAAAGGUUUCAUAGACAAGAUAAUCGGAAAGAAAGGGUCUUUUGUUGAAGAGUCUGAAAUCCCAGAUAUUCUCAAAAAAGGCCUUUUGAAUGACAUAGUAGACAUUGAAAAUUCCGAAAAUCCCGGCAUCCGUGGUAAGGUUUUUGAUGAAAACUCGAAAAAUGUCAAAAAUCUUGGCAGCUCGGAUGAAAUAGUAAGUGAAAAACCAAUUGUAUGUGCCAGAUGUCACAGUUUGAGGUACUAUGGAAUGGUGAAGGAGCCGCGUGCGGAGAGCUUGUUGCCGGAUUUUGACUUCGAUCACACUGUUGGGAGGAGGUUGAUCUCGAUAACUGGGGCAAGGACUGUGGUGUUGAUGGUGGUGGAUGCCGUAGAUUUUGAUGGGUCCUUUCCCAAAAAAGUGGCUGAAUUGGUUUCGAGAACUGUUGAUGAGAACUCGCGAUCAUGGAAGGAGGGUAAGUCGGGGAAUGUGCCUAGGGUAGUGUUGGUGGUGACAAAGAUUGACCUUUUGCCUAGCUCCUUAUCACCUACCAGGCUAGAGCAUUGGGUUAGGACACGGGCAAGGGAGGGUGGGGCUGGGAAAUUGACAAGUGUGCAUUUGGUGAGUGCAGUGAGGGACUGGGGAGUGAAGAAUUUGGUAGAUGAUGUGGCCGGGUUGGCAGGGCCAAGAGGGCAAGUGUGGGCAAUAGGGGCCCAGAAUGCCGGAAAGAGCACGCUGAUCAACGCAAUAGGGAAGUGUGUCGGCAGGAAGUUGACUCAUUUGACAGAGGCGCCAGUGCCAGGGACCACACUGGGGAUUGUGAGAAUGGAGGGAGUGUUUCCUGGGAAUGCCAAGUUGUUUGAUACUCCAGGACUUUUGCAUCCACAUCAGAUAUCAACUAGGUUGACCAGGGAGGAGCAGAAGCUAAUUCAUAUAGGGAAAGAAUUGAAGCCAAGAACAUACAGGAUCAAGGCAGGGCAUUCCGUUCAUAUUGGGGGACUGAUGAGGCUAGAUAUUGAAGAAUCAUCCGUAGAUUCUAUUUAUGUAACAGUAUGGGCAUCUGCUCUGCUUCCACUGCACAUGGGGAAGUCAGAAAAUGCUUGCAAGAUGUUGGAAGAUCAUUUUGGCCGUCAGUUACAACCUCCCCUUGGAGAAGGGCGAGUUGAGGAGCUCGGGAAAUGGGUGAAAAAGGAAAUCAGUGUUAGUGGCAGCUGGUGGGAUUCAAGUUGUGUAGAUAUUGCAGCUUCUGGUCUUGGUUGGUUUGCAAUCGGACUAAAGGGAGAGGCUCGACUAGGUGUUUGGACCUAUGAUGGAAUCGAUGUCGUCGUUCGAAAUGUUUUGCUUCCUCAGAGAUCACACAGAUUUGAAGUUGCAGGUUUUACUGUAUCAGAAAUAGUCUCCAAAGCUGAUCGAGCUUCUUUAUUCGUCGCAUUCUUGGUUUCGAAGAGAAAACCUAUCGGCUCAACAGCAGUAGCACAUCCUACAUCAUCAUCAUUAACUAUUGAUGCAGACUCAAAUUUAGCGUCCCCUUAG